CUGGACUGGCUACACCAUGGCCUGGGCUCCUCUCCUGCUCACACUUCUGGCUCACUGCACAGGAUCUGCUUCCCAGAAAGAAGUGAUUCAAGAACCUACACUGUCCACAACUCCAGGGGGGACAGUCACACUCACCUGUGGCUUCAGAAAUGGAGAUGUCACCAAUCUUGCUUCUGUUAUAUGGAUCCAACAAAAGCCCUCCCAGGAAUCUCUGGGUCUCAUAGGUUACAACAAUAAGAGUGCUGAAGGAAUCUCUGACAGAUUCCUUGGAUCCCUACUUGGAAAUAAGGCGGGCCUCAUCAUCCUGGGGGCCCAGGCUGAAGAUGAGGCCGAGUAUUCCUGUGCUAUGUAUUCCAAUAACCAAUACCACUAUGACAAAUGCAAGUGGGGAAAAAUACCAUAUCCUUGCAUCUCAUCUUCGCAUUUCCCAUGGAUCGACCAUCUCUGGGACAUCUGCACCAUGGCCUGGGCUGCUCUCUCCCUCCUCACACUGCUCCUCCACUGCACAGGGUCCCUCUCCAACCCUUCACUGACUCAGCCGCCCUCCUCAAGUGUCUCCCUGGGAGCCUCAGCCAAGCUCACCUGCACCCUCAGCAGCGGCUACAAUAGCUACAUUGUGGACUGGUACCAGCAGGGCCCAGGGAAGGGCCCCCGGUUUAUAAUGCUAGUGGGACCCAAUGGUCUUGUUGGAAAUAAGGGGAACGGGAUCCCUGAUCGCUUCUCAGGCUCAGGCUCAGGCCUGGAUCGAUACCUCACCAUCCAGAACUCCCAGGCAGAGGAUGAGGCUGACUACUACUGUGGGGUUAAUGAUGGCAGCAGCUAUUAA